ACUCGGGAGACCUGGUGUUGAUUGUUAUUGCCAACAUGAAAGUGGUGCAGCUGUCCUGCAGCUCCAAUUCUUGGUCAAUGAGGGUGCUUUGGUCAGUGCUAGUUCAGAUGAUACACUUCAUUUGUGGAACCUUAGACAAAAAAGGCCAGCUAUUCUUCAUUCUCUUAAAUUUAACCGAGAACGAAUUACUUACUGUCAUCUACCUUUCCAGAGUAAAUGGCUCUAUGUUGGAACAGAAAGAGGAAAUACACAUAUUGUAAAUAUUGAAUCUUUCAUUCUUUCUGGAUAUGUUAUCAUGUGGAACAAGGCAAUUGAACUAUCCACCAAGACUCAUCCAGGUCCAGUUGUACAUUUAAGUGAUAGCCCAAGAGAUGAAGGGAAACUGCUAAUAGGUUAUGAAAAUGGUACUGUAGUAUUCUGGGACUUGAAAUCUAAAAGAGCAGAACUGAGAGUUUAUUAUGAUGAGGCUAUUCAUUCAAUUGAUUGGCAUCAUGAAGGCAAACAAUUCAUGUGCAGCCAUUCAGAUGGUAGCUUGACUUUGUGGAACCUGAAAAGCCCAAGUCGCCCUUUCCAGACCACUAUUCCACAUGGAAAAAGUCAAAGAGAAGGAAGAAAAUCUGAAUCUUGUAAACCAAUUCUUAAAGUAGAAUACAAGACCUGUAGAAACAGUGAACCAUUCAUAAUAUUCUCUGGUGGGCUGUCCUAUGACAAAGCUUGCAGAAGACCAAGUUUAACCAUUAUGCAUGGAAAAGCAAUUACAGUACUUGAAAUGGAUCAUCCUAUUGUUGAAUUUCUAACUUUAUGCGAAACCCCCUAUCCAAAUG